ACGACAAUGACACUUUCAGUUUAGACAUUCAUAUAUCCAUCGUUCACGAUUUUUCGUUUUCUUCUGUUUUGUUAUGUGCCUUGUUUAGUUUUGCGCAUGGAUGUGAUAAUGUACAAUAAGUCCAACAUAUAAGAAGUUGCGUAUGAUGCGUAUCAUGGCGAACCCAACACGUUUUUUCAAUUUGCCUGCUGCGAUGGUGUCCAUAUUUGUUAGAAAAUUAUUGGAUACUUAUACAGGAGUAUAUGGAGACAUAACUGACUUGGUAUUGCCUAAUGGUUACGGAACUCUUCAGAAAAUCCUCCGGGAGAUUUUACGUUUCAAUGGGAUGCACGUUUAUAUCAUCGGGGUUGCCGCUACAAGCUUCAUUUGCUAUCUGAAAAAGUCCAAGAUGAUACGCAUCAUUUCCAGACGUUCAAGAACUUCGAAUUUAAAUAGAACGUCAAGCAGUUUGUUAAGACGUCCAAGACCCAAACCACCAUCUUCCAUUCGUAUGUUAUUCAAUCGCGAAGAGAAAAUCCUUUCAUACUUGAAACACUGUUCGUUAUCAGCAAGUCGUAGAAGUUACAACAUUGCUUCGAAUAGUAUUUUACGCCAAAACGACGGAACGACCAUCUCGGCACCUCCGAUGCUGCAAGCAAAUGCAGAACGCAAUACUAUUAACUUUUGUGGUCAAACGAGUCCGGGAAUUAUGGGCAGUCCACUAAUUUCACCCAGUUCCAGUGUGAUAUGUCCGGAAGACAACCGUUUUGAUCUUGAUUCUCUACGUAUGUCAACGCCUUUUCCAACAUUCCACAAUAAUAGAGACAUUAGUCUUGAUCUGCAAAUACCAAAUAGGACUCAUCUUCAUGAUGUCCAUGGUAAUAUAUAUGAACGUCGAUCACUACCAAUGCGGGCUGAAUAUUCAGGUCUAGAUACUGCUCGGCUUAGUCAUGAACGUUUUAGUGAUAAAAACAUUCAAAUACAACCGACGACACCAACAACGAUAAAAUCUUUCCAAAGUGGUGAUAAUUGUGACAUAGACUUGUCCCGGAUAGCUGAUGAUACUGAUAUGGAAGUGUACACACCGAGUAUCAUUCGGGAAAUCCUACCUAGUGAGAUAGACGUUGGAGAUUUCAAGAUACCUUCAGUUAUUCGCGAUUAUAAUUUGAAAAAUAAGAGAACCAAUGCAGGGCGGACUCCCAAAAAGAAACCCAGACGUACUUAUACACCUAAAAGACGUAAAACCACAAAAAGUCGGAAAGCACUUCUUGUCGAGCGUAUCCAAAGUGAAGGUAGGACCAGAAAUAGGUUAUAUGGUCGAGGACUACGAAAAUCACCAAGACCCACGGGAAAAGCGUGAACAGUAACAUUUUCGACUUGGAAACUUCAACAUUUUUGUGAAAAAUAAAGUAUUAAUUCUUCCAGA